AAACUCGCCAAUAUAUAAGCUUCAAAAUGCAUUCCAUUUAGAACACUAAACAAAUUACCAUGGACACAUUCAGGACGUUGUGGCUCUUUAUGGGACUGCUUGCAGUCGGCUUGGAAAAUGGUGUCCAGUCAUUUAAUUUACCAUCCUUUAAAAAAGGGUCUGAAACAAAAGAACUUUCGGCAAAAAGUGCAUCGUCUCACAGUGUUACAAGUACAACCACUCGUUCCGUGGUAGUUGAAAAAAAAUCCACUGUUUUCAAAAAAAAAUGUUGGUCAGAUUUGAUAGAAGAUAAAAAAUUGAGUAUAAACACAUUAGAAAUGUGUCAAAAAUACGGUUAUAACGUAGACGGUUUAUACGUCGUACCAGAAUUUUUGAGACUCCUUAAUUCACUGAACCGAGAACAAUGCAGUAUGGCUGCUAAAAUCACUUAUCCCAGAGAUUACAGCCUGUCUAUCAAAAACAAUGACGAGUUUGAUAUUAUCAUCGUGGGUUGUGGAGCUUCAGGAUCGGUUUUGGCUGCUAAACUCAGUGACGAAAAAAAUUUAAAUGUUUUGGUAUUGGAGGCUGGAGGUACACCACUCAUGCAAUCUGAGAUACCCGGACUCUGGGCCAAUUCAAUUGGUUCCGAGAUGGAUUGGAAAUAUACCGCAAAAGAAGACAAUACGUUUGGUCAGAGUUUGGAAAACAGACGUGUCAAUGUUAUUCGGGGAAAAUGCUUAGGAGGAACUACGGCUUUGAAUACAAUGUUGUAUGAUCGAGGAAUAGAAUCAGAUUAUACUAAAUUUGAGAUGGCAGGCUUAACCAAAUGGAGUUGGGAAGAUGUUUUAAAAUACUAUAAACGUUCAGAAGACUGUAAAUUCGAAAAAAUCACCACACACGAAACAAUGAGUACAUCACAUAGUGUAGGUGGUAAACUUAGUGUAGAUUCAUUCCGUAAUACGAGAACUGUUGAAAUCAGACAAGUCUAUUCUAAGGCGUUAACCACAGUCAACUAUAAAACAUUAGACUUUUUCGAUGAAAAGAACCAUCAAGGUUUCGUUUCAUCUGUCGCGAUCAUUAAAAACGGUUUACGUGUGAACGCAGCAAAAGCCUUUUUAAAAAAUGCUAACAAAAAAUAUAAUCUAAAAAUAUCAGCUAAGUCUUUAGUCAAAAAAGUAAUAUUUGAAGGUACAAAAGCAGUAGGAGUUGAAUUUGAAAAUUCAGUUGGAGAACUUAUUAAAGUUAAGAGUAAGAAGAACGUUAUAUUGAGUGCUGGUCCGAUAGGAUCUCCAAAAUUACUCUUGGAGUCAGGUGUUGGGCCAAAGGCUCUAUUAAAUUCAUUGGGCAUUCCCGUAGUCGCAGAGAAUAAUAAGGUCGGUUUGAAUUUACAAGCGCAUCCAAAUUUCUUAGGUAUAGUAGUUAAAUUUGAAACGCAACCGAUCAAGUCGUAUUCUAUCAGUGAAAUGGUCUUUGAAUACUUAAUGAAGCACACUGGACCACUGGCCACAAUAGGAUUGUGCAGUUUUACCGGUUUUAUUGAUAUUGAUGGUAAUGGUAUUCCGGACAUUCAAAUAUUAUUUUAUUAUUAUUCUGAAGAUGAUACUGUAUUCAUGCCUUCACAAUUAGACGCUUUUAACUUAAACGACAACAUCACGGAACAGAUAAUUGAUCUUAACGAAGAGAACGAUAUUAAACUUAUUGGUAUUUCACUGCUUCGUCCAAAAAAUACUGGUAAAGUGACCAUAAACAAGACUUGCAAUUGCGACGAAUAUGAACCAAUCAUAGAAUUUGGCUCUUUGGCCGACGAGGAUGUUGACACGCUAGUGAAAGCUAUUAAUUGGGUGAAAAAUCUUGUACAAUCUGAAGCAUUCAAACCUUACGGACCAAAGAUCGUUCCUUUAAAAAUUGAGGGUGGCCCAGAACCGAACGUAGACAGCGAUGAAUAUUGGAGACACGCCAUCAAACAUUUGACAUUAAUGAAUAUCCAGAUGACUGGCACAUCUUCCAUGGCAACAGAAUCUUCGAACGGUGUUGUAGACGAAGACCUUAACGUAUUUAAUACAGAGGGCUUGAUGGUCGUAGAUUCUUCUGCACUUCCAAUUAUGUUCAGCGCUGAAAGUUGCGCUCCAUCCAUUAUGGUCGCAGAGAAAGCUUCUGAUAUCAUAAAGACAAAAUUGGGAUGCGACGACGACGACGACGAUGAUGAAGAAGAAGAAAGCAAAGAUUCGAAUGACUACACUGAAUAAGAUUCCCUACCGACCUAUACAAUACAUAUUUUUAAGUUAAACAACAGAACUUGAUUCCUAAUGAGUGUUGUAAUACAUGUUAAUAAAAUGCAAUAAUUAUACAGUGAGAAUAUUAAAAAUCAUAUUGUGGCAUAUA